AUGAAGAACUCUGAAGAGUUGCUAAUAUCUAAAGAGUUUUUUUGCGAGCAGGAAGAUACAGGUUCAGCCCUCAACUGCCCGCAGAGACAUGCAGACCCGGAAGCGAAGACGAGGUCAGUCACUUGUACACCGUCCGACCCAGGUCUACAGGCUUCAAAAAUCGAGGCCCAACAGAGGAGGCCAUUACAGACAGGAAAAAGCCUUGUUUCGCCGGAGCCGCUUCUUCUAAGCUCCAGCUCCAGCUCACCAGAAACAGCCAAUGGCAAAAAGCGUUCCAAGAUCAACCCUUGGGGCGAAGUUUCAGGGGCUGAAACCACAUUCUGCCCAGUGAAAAGCCUAGAGUCGUUGUGCCCUGCAGAAACUGGGACAACCUUAAUGCGGGGACCGGCUGGAAUGGUUCUUGGUAGGCAAAAUCCAACGAAUCACCAUAGCGCAUGGAUUAUCGAUGUUGGAGAUCUGGCUCCAGCAUAG